AUGGCUCCGCAGGCAGCUGAUGCUUCGUCUUCUCUCACGCCUUUGGAGCAGGGACAACUGCUUUCGAAGCAAGCAUAUGCCGAGCCUCCUAUUGUACCGACUGGCCUUGCCUUGUCUAUUGUCAUUGUCAUUUUGAUCUUUACGGUUUUGUCUACGAUUGUCAUUGCGUUGAGGAUAUAUGUUCGAGCAUGGAUGGAGAAGACGUUGAAAACCUGGGGAUGGGAAGACACAUUUAUCGUCCUGGGCUAUGGCACCUUUUUGUCGAGUGCGAUAUUUGCCAUCAAGGCAUGCUUCUACGGACUGGGGUCGCACGACUCGAAAUUGAACCCAUUGCUCAUGAUCCGAUGCGCCGAGUAUAUGAUGUACUCCAACGUUAUAUACGGCUUCUCCAUGCCUCUCAUUAAGGCCUCGAUUGUGUUUACACUUAACCGCAUCACCACCACCCCGUGGCAUUGUUGGGGACUCUACGGAAUGCUUUUCAUGGCCACCAUCAUGGCCAUCGUCGGCAUACUCGCUACUCUUCUUUAUUGUCAUCCCGUCCCAGCAUACUGGAACCCUCUUCUUGGCACCUGUGGCGACUUCAUGGUGGUUGUUCGCAUUGGUUAUGCUUGGACGGCGAUUGGUAUUGUGACGGACUGGACAUGCGCGAUUCUGCCGUACUUUAUCGUGCGCAAUCUUCAAAUGGCGUCCCGACAGAAGUUGAUUGUGAUGCUCAUUCUGGGGCUUGGAGCUGUUGCGAGCACGGCUACCAUUGUUAGAGCGCCGUAUCUCAAGUACUACCUCGUUACGGAGGAUCGACUAUCUUACCAUACUGAGUACACAGACUGGAACGGCUACAUCACUCUAUGGUGUCUGCUUGAGAGUGGAAUCGCACUCAUCGCUGCCUGUCUCCCAGCGCUUCGCAUCUUGGUCCGCAAGUACGUCGAUGCAUCCAAGAAUGGUUCGUCUGGCAAAAGUCACGGUUAUGGUACCGGCUCUGGGGCUGUUAGGAGCCAUAACCGCGCUCCGUCAACACAGCUGGACACACUCACUACCAGUGGAAAGGCGACGGCUGUUGGUGGCCAAUGGGAGCGAUUGGAGGACGACAACUCUAGCUCUAGGAAGAUUAUGCAGAAGACCACCAUAUAUGUCGAGACGGAUAGCAUGAGUGAUCUCGACAGGCAUUCUUUGAAGGCGUAA